CUUAGUGCUUGUUAAACCCUAAGUAAAACAGUCGCUCCUUUUUUUUCAUCUGCCAAGGAGAGUUCGGAAAACAAAUUUGAUUGUCUUGAGUGUGAGAAAAAAGAAACACAUUGAUACAAUAUAGGCCAUUUUGUGGGGGGGGAACAAGCAAGACAGACAGACAGAAACCACUUAGGGAAAGAAAAUAAAUAGGACUUAAAAGUGGCACCCUCCAACCUCGAGGGGGAAAAGUUGAAGAGCUGAUGAGACCAAGUCCAGGAAGUAUGCACAGCGGGAAAGUGGCAAUCGACAACGCAUAUUAAAUUCCCGUCUCUAUCAAACGUCAUUUGGGCUCUUCAGUUUAUUUUUUAAAUAAUCUUGGGACAAAAUGAUUGUCGUUCUUAUGUUUUGCAUCUUGAAUGUGUCUGUAAUCACAAUGCAUGCUCUUUCUACGAUGCCUAAACAAGAGAUUACUGCUCCACAUGAGGACCAUAAUACGAGACAGAUGACCAUGCGUCAGCAUGUUCCUACAGACACCAAGAGAACUGCUUUUAAAUCUGACCCGUUUUCAAAGACAGAAAACUCAGCCCCAAUUUGGUACAGCCUGCUAGGGAAAUUUUACCACACCCGAGAAUGGGAGAGAGAAGUGAACACAUUCAAACUUGUAAGAGGGACUGGGUUAGUAGAACAGGGUUCGAUUUAUUUACCAGAAAGACAACGACGACAGGCUGUUGCUGACAACUUGCCAUCAACGAGCAAUGAUGACAUUCACAAAGCUGCUCCAACACUGGCUACCGGAGAGUCGGACUCGGAAACCUCGACAAACCAAAGUAGGGUUGACUUUGAAGAAAACACUUCCCAAACUAUAAGGGCUCUCUUUGGAGCAAACACUUCCUUAGACACAUCUUCGGCCUCUUGCACCGAUUACUGUCUGUCAGUUGAAAAUAACGUGUCGUGCCCGUGUGACCCAGUGUGUUUCUUUAGAAACUCUUGUUGCCGUGACAU